AUGUUGAAAUUGUGGAUUCGUGCUGUCGGCCAAGGGCUUGCAAUAGCAUUUGUACUGGUGGCCGGAGCUUUGGUGUGCAAGGAAAUCGUGGAGAAGACUCGGGGACAUCCCGUCGCGAAGCGUAUCAUCCACGUUUUCCAUGAAUGGCAGUACGAGUCUUUGGAUGCGCCGCAUGCAGCCACCGAAGCGUUGUCAGCUUGGAUGUACAGUUGGCGGCGUGCCGGAUGGCACAUCCGUGUUCUAACAACUUUUGAAGCUCAGCACACGGAACUGUACAAGGCCAUGUUGGAAGCUUUGUCGCAGGCGCGUGUGGCGCAUCGCAGCAGAGAGACUGCAUGUUACUUGCGCUACGCAGCAAUGGCAGCUGUUGGUGGUGGUUGGUUGGCCGAUCUCGAUACCGUGCCCACUUACCUCACCCCUGGCCAGGAGAUAUCCAACAAUGGUGACUUCACUAUUUACCAACAUGAUUCAAGCUCGCUCAUGUCCGGUACCAAGAUGGAGUAUGAAAGGAUUGUUGUGCAGAUGAUAGAAGCACUGAAAGCCAAGCCGAAAAAAGCAGUGACACAGAGUCCAGACGUUUGUACCGACGGCCUCGUGUUGAAGGCCAUGGCAACGAACGGUUUGAUUUCGACGGUACCGCGAGUAAUUCCAGCGAGUUCCUGGUCAGAGCAAGGACCAUGCAGAAAUCUGACGGAUCCAGGUCAUUUAGCGGUUCAGUUCUCGCAAAGCUCUAUAGAGACCCUUGGAUAUCGAGUAGAUGCUCGCGGUGUUUUGAUCAACCGCACGAUGAACCUUUUCUGGAAGUGCCGGCAGGCCAUGCUGGAGCCGAGCUUGCACGCCUAG